CCAUUUUCUCCCCUUUAUUUCAACCAAACUCUCAUCAUCAUCAUCAUCAUCAUCAUCUUCUUCUUCUUCUUCUUCACACAAAACCAACCUGAAGAACUUCCAUUUACAAGACCCUUCCUUUCUCUCUCUUCCUCUCGCCAUGGCAGGAAAAAUCUCGAGGGGAUGGAGAGCGGAAGCAAGAAAAGGAGAGGGAGAGAGGAGAAGAGAAGCAACGGAGAGAAGAAGAGCACGAAGAGAAACGAUCUCAUCAGACGGAACACAUCGAACCCUGUUAUCGAAAUCUACGAAGAGGAGAGGAAGAAGAAGAACAAGGAAAAGGGCGGCGAGAAAUGCCUAGGCGUUUUCGAUUUCCCGUGGCUAAACGAGAGCAUGAUCUCGACGUCGUUGGAUUGGAGUUUUCCCGGCUCGUUUUUCCCGGUCUUAGAGAACGAAUAUUGCACCACGGCCACGACGACGGCAUCGAUAUACGAAACGUACGACGAAGAGAUGAUGAUGGGGAAUGAAGUUAGAUGGCCUGUGAGAGGUGAUGGCAGGUUGGAGUUUGAAGCCUUCGAAUGCAUCUGGAGUUCUGUUUUGGAUUAAGACAGAGGAUCACUUCGAAUGUUUUGUUUUUUUUUGUUAAUGCUUCUUCGUGUUGUUUUUGUUGUAAUAAUGUUCUUAGAUAUUAAUUUCUAGUGUUUAAUUAGCUUUGAUGGAGUAUAAUUAAAUAAGUUGACACGAUUUUUAGGAU